AUGGCGAAUGCGCCAGUCGUCGUGACUGACGCCGGCGACGAAACGCCUGCAGUUGGAGAGCUCUUCAAAGACGUCAGCUUCUUCCUGACCGCUCGAGUUCCCACCCGCAGCAAGUUUGUGGCCGACAUCGAAGCCAAUGGCGGUCGCGUCGUCAAGCYCGAGAAAUAUGCGGAUUUUGUGAUUGCCGAUCACAUGCGAAAACCAUUACCGGCCGACGGCUUCUCAUACACACUCAUCGAACAAGCAAUCCGCGAUGGCAGUCUCCCAGAUCCAGCGGAUCACGCUCUAAGAUCGGCGACGGACAGCCCACGUGCGGCAGGAUCAAGAGUACCCGGAAAGCGGACCCGUACCGCUUUUACUGCAGAGGACGAUAGAGUGUUGUGGCAAUGGGUUGAGCGGGAGAGGGCGCAAGGGGAGUCGGUAAAAGGCAAUGAUAUCUACAAGCGACUGGAGCUUGUGAACACUCGGCAUACCUGGCAGGCAUGGCGCGAUCACUACGUGAAGAAGCUGAUCGAUCAUCCGCCAGCAGUGGAGAUUGAUCAUGUCGACUUUGACCUGCUAUGGGAGCAAGCGCGAGAUAUCGAGAACAUGGACGAAGCCAUGUACGAAGAGGCGUGGGAUUUGUGGGCAGGAGUGAAUGAGAGACAUACAGCGGAUGAGUGGAGACAUAUUUGGGAGUCUCAUGUACGACCUGCUUACCGCAAGCGGCAUGCGAAGACCAAGACGAAGCGGAGACGCGCUUCAAUGUCGGGCGAUGAUGGAGGCGGUUCGACGAGCAUAACACCACGAAAAAGGGGCAAAACUCGUGCCUCAGCGGCUAAAGUUGAUGACGUGAGGGAUCAUGGAACUGACCAGCAACCCAACGGACAGGAUUAUCCUGCGGCCGAAGCCAUGACCAGCGAGACAAAUCGCGGACGAAGCGGAUUCGAUGGUGCUCUGGGAGAGCCCGAUGACGACCUGGCCGCACUGGAAACCUGGCAAGACUCAAGCAAACGAAGCUCGGGUCGAAACUAUCGCUUAGCGGGACCUGAUGCUCCAACUACAGAAGUCGACCGAGCAGUGGGCGAGCAGAUACAGGCGGAAAUCAAUCUUACGACAAACACCGAGCCUUUGCACUUGAGCGAACAGAUCAUCACAUCAGAUGCGAAUCAUGCUGCAGACCUACAGAUACGUAAUGAGGCGGAUGUGGCUCAGCCGGAGCAGCAUGCGUCCAUUGAGACAGAAUUACGUUUGCAGUCUACGAACGAGAUGUCUGGCAAUACUUUUAAGAAGAGCCAUGACGGCAAUGAUGGACAUGAAGCGACGCGACAAAACGACCUCCAUACAUGGUAUGCGGAAAGGUUAGAAGAAUUGAAAGACCUUCCAAAAACUAAUGGACACGCUCUCACGGAAGCAAAUCUUAUCAGCCAGCAAGCCGAGCAUGCAGAGCCACUGACACGCGGUGUGGAUCUUCCAAAAGACGAUCACAAUAAGGACCAGAGUGAGUAUGUCAAGUUUUUGCAAAAUAUCACCGGUCAUGCUCAUGCACGAGAAGCCCACGUCGAGGGCGACUCAGCUCAUCCAGUAGCACAAGAUGCACAAGCGGCCCCAAUCAUUCCCAUGUCAUCCCAACAGGAGGUUGGGAAUAUCAUGGAAGAUGCAUUGGACUGGCCAUCACCUUCCCAGCGAAAUGCGAGUCAAUCGCAAGGCCAGGAAGAGCAGUUCGAGACGCAAAAUCUCCGCACAAACCUGCCCCUCUCAAAGCAGCAUGUCCGCGGAAUCAUGCCAGACUUUGAGAUUUCCAGUCAGUCUAUGAUGUCACAAGACAACGACGAAAAUCUUCCGGGCCAAGGUGAGCAUGGAGCUACCAACCCGUCAUUUCCAGUCGCCCGUCAGCAUUCGACUGGCGUGAAAGGAAACCUCGAAGACGAGAGCUAUCGCAAAGCUCAGCCUGAUACCUUUGAAGGUUUCGAAGACAUGGCCGAUGACCACAUUGAUCUCAGCAUACCAGAACCUGAAGGUGACUUUACUUUUACUCCUUCACCCGAUCGGAAUCGAAGUAUUGCGAAUGAAGUAGUCAAUGUCGGUAAAGAAUCUGCUGAGCUCAGGGGUUCCACUAUCCAUGAUCUUCCGGGCAGCUCGAGGUUCGAUCAGAAACCAGGCCCGCUACGCAAUGAGGUAGUAUAUCUAUCAUCAGAUGCUUCCAGUUCAUCUCUACCCAGCUCACAUGCGGAGGUGACGGUCAUCCGGCGAGAAACGGGAAAAAACGCGGUCGAGACACAAGACAUUCUCAAUGCGGAAACGCAGCUGCCCGACUUCUUCAUGCCUUUGCCAGACGAUGCUCAGGAUCAAGACGAGGAAGUCGACCUCGCACAACAAGCUUCUCCACGCAAUCUGAGUCAUACUCGGGGUGCUGAAGCUGUAGUGAUGCAAGCCCCAGGCCUAUCCAUAGCCACGCCUCCUGAUUGGGAAAAGGAGAAUGGAGUGGGCUACCACACCAACAGCAAAGAACCCGAGAGGCGGCCAAAACAGAAGCAGAAGGCGGUCGAAUCUCAAACCAUGGAUGUUGAAAGAGAACUCGAGUCAUGGCUGGCCAUACAGCAUGUUCGUGGCUUCAGCGAGGUCUCAGCCAUUGCUGCCAUGCAGCGUUCCUCCAUGCGACCAGAUCUUGCCGAGCUAAUUCUGUUGGCCGAGAAAGGUGGCCUUGGCUUGCCCAAUGACAUUCCUGGAAUAUGGAGCGAGAUGGAGGACGAUGUCUUGGAGAGUGGUGAUAGCGGUGCGUUACGUCGACUUGAGGCGAAGCACGGAUGGGACGAAUGCGACGCCAGGAUGCGGUUCCUCGCUGAGUGGCGGGAGGCUUGA